GCUGCAAUCAAGUUGUGUUUUUGAUUGUGGCUUGAAGGUUCCUAUGUAACUGGUUCUUCCCCCUUCCCCCUUCCCCCUUCCCCCCCACGACACGAGGCGACACGAUACGGCGUACGGAGUACGAUCAUACGAAACCGAGUGAAAAUACGAAAGAGAAGGUUCGCAAGUUACUUCUACUGCGGAAGCAUAGUGUACGAGUAGCUCUGCUGAGAUUGGUCUACGCACGACAUACAUUUUACGAUAGGUCUAUACGGAGUACUCGGACGGCUACUUUUUACGUGUGCUGGUGCGGAGUACUGGACGAAGUACGAAGUAUAGGUACCGACGAGACGAUUGCACUAUUCGACCUUUGCACUCACAGCUAUCACCAUACAGCUAGCACAACACCACACUACAGCACAGCUAGCACAACACAACACAACACUACACUACGCUACACUACACUACAAUUGAUAACUACUUUCAAGUAGCAACAAGUAACAGGCACCGGCAAAAGUACCACCACCACCACUGCACCACCACCACCCCUCUCCCGAAACUAACUUACAAACCGCACCGCAUGUACCAUCCACCACUACACGGUCUACACCACUCCAGCUACUCCGUACACCACUACACCACCACACCACCACACCACGCUACAAUACCCCUACGGUACCUGUCUCCUCCCGUCUCGGGCUGUCAUCUCUGCUUCCAUCAAAACCACUUUUAUGAUCAGCACCCAUUCUCACCAUGUCUCCUCCAUCAAUUGCUCCAGCCCCAGCCCCACUACCCAACGAUAACAGCUUCAGUGUCGCCUACAAAAAACUCUCCCGAAAAUCUCAUCGCAAAUCCCGAAAUGGCUGUCACACGUGCAAAGGCCGUAAGAUAAAAGUGGGUGAUGUUCUAGAUUCUGGGAAUAUUCCGUUUUGUCACUUGACGUCCAACUAACCAUAUCAUUCCAUAGUGUGAUGAGCAGAAACCGCAAUGUGCCAACUGUAGCAGGCAUUCCGUUCAUUGUGUAUACCCUCACACCAUAGCCGUCUCGGUCUCCAGUCCGGAACCAAUUGUGUCCGCUUCCCCGAGUGUUCAUCCAAGUGUUUCUCCACCCACUCAUAACAAUACUGUCACUUCAAUCCUAGCACCAAUACCACAGACUUUGACUUCUUCCAUGCUUCGAAAUGGCCGGAAUGACAGGGAAUUGGCCCGACAGCCAUUAAACGUGACCGACCUCGAGCUAUUACACCAUUUCAAUAUAUCAACCUCUUACACCUUAGCAAACGAUUCCGGACUUCAAGCUUGUUUUCGAAUCAACGUGCCUCAAAUUGGCUUCUCGCAUCCUUUUGUUCUCGAUGGGAUUUUGGCACUAGCUUCUCUCCAUCUGUCACGUUUUAAAAGAGCAGAAAAGAGAGCUUAUUACGUAUCAGAGGCACAACACCAUUACGAAUCGGCUCUUCGAGUAGCAUCGACACUCAUGCCAAACGUUAAUGAAGAAACUUGUCCAGCGCUCUACAUCUUCGCCGUCUUUUGCUGCCACAUCACCCUAGGCCUUGGACCAAGACCCGGGGAUUUCCUACUCUUUGGAGAAGAAGGAUUAGCAGAAUGGCUAGUAAUGUUCCGAGGGAUGAAAUCCGUCGUUGCAAGCUGUAGAGACUCUCUCCGAACCAGCGACCUGGCACCUAUGUUCCAAAUCCAGAACCGUACCGUCGAACAACCUCCAUCCAAUAAUGAACAUCUCCAAGCCCUUCGGGAGAUGAUCCUCUCUUCCGCGGCUGAGGACCCAGAUCUUCAGAUUUACCUCUCUGCUUUAGAUGGUCUCGCGAGAUCAUUUCCUACUAGUACGCCGCUUCAUGAAAUGCGAUUAGCACAACCCUCGCCUCAGGUUGUCUUCGCAUGGCUGUAUCGUAUCAGUGAUGAAUUCGUAGCGACGUUGCAACAGAGGAGACCCAUUUCACUGGUCAUCCUGGCGCAUUUCUGUGUCUUGUUCAACAGUCUGAGUUCGUUUUGGUGGACGAAGGAUUGGGUGGAUCAUUUGAUGAGGGAGAUCUAUGGGUCGUUGCAGAAGGAGUAUCGGCUUUGGAUGAAGUGGCCGAUGGAGGAGAUAGGUUGGGUUCCUAGUUGAGCGGUCGAGGGGGUUUGGAGCUGAAUCAAAUUUCAGAAGAGGUGGAAGUCGUGGUGUGAGGGGGUUGGUGAAGUUGUGGGGGUUGGAGAUGUUUAUACUGAGGUGUUUGACAUCUUUGUUGAGUGAUGGAUGAUGUCGUCUUGUGAAGUGCGACGGAACUGGAUAAGCUGGGAAAGCAAUAUCCCAUUCAGGUGCUCCCUUCUACGCCAUCCUUCAGGUACUACGCCGGCCCUUCCGAUUUUCGUCUUGACAACGGGGACCUCAUGGAGAGACGAUGUGAUUGAUAGGGCGCAAGGAGUUGAAACGCCCGCCCUUCUUAUUCUUCUUAAAAAGAAGGGAUUUAUUUGUUUAUGAUUUAAAUGGGGGUUUGUUUUCUUCGGGGGGUUUUUUCAUGAUUCAAAAGAGGGACUUCUUAUUUGGGUGGGGAGAUGUGAUGUUUUAGAUCUAUACCAUGCAUGUAUGUAUAUACUGUAUUGUACCGUACCUUUUUAGGGAUAGACCGUAAAGGAUCUACCGCCAUUUUUUUCAAAUUUUUAAAUGCUUAAUCUAAU